UUUGACUUCGCUUUUAUUCGUAGCUCCAAGUAUAGUUAAUAUACAUCACGAGCACUCAGAUUUACAUUUACUAUUGAAAUGUAUAAUUCCUUCUUCUGACUCUGCUUUUUGUCAAUUUUUUCUUGAAGUUGAUAUCUUCUCUAAUAUCAUCUUCUUUAUCUAUGGAAGGAUAAUUACUAAACUAGACAGUCAGCCUCAUCAUCAUCUUACUUAAUUCUCGUCUUGAUUAUUUCCUUUCCCAUGACUAAAAUGACAGAGUAAAAACAUAAAAAUACGCGGCGCGCGAGAUUAGGAGCAGGCUACAGCGAGAAAAUGUGUUAGGUUGUUGUUAGGAGCACAAGACGAAAACACCAGAACAUGUGUCUUACGGCUCGACGAGCACCCUUGUUUCGCAUCGAGGGCAGUCGCGUGAUCCUGCAAUCUUUUCCGUGAAGGCACAUCUAGUCUUCAGGUACCACAGGUUGAAGGUUGACUCUCCUCGUGCAUAUUGUGUGCACAACUACAUCAACUCAGAUUAUCAUCGAGGAAAGUUAUGUUUCUGUCUCAUUUUUUACCAGCACUGGACUACGACUACAAGAAUAAGCAAGACAUUGUUCUCAUUUUUCUGAAGGAAAGUAGCUCUAGCUACAGCAGGCACUAAUGACCAUCAUGAUCAUUUAUUUGUUUUUGUGUAUGAGUAUGUAUUGAAGAUGUUUUCUAUAUCGUUCAACUCCAAUAUCGCGUUCAGUUUUUUCAUGUUUUUUUUCUUGUCAUUAAUCAACAAACAAUAGCAUCAAUUUCAAUAAGCAAUUCCUUAGAGAUUUAGAGUACGAUAGACUGAAGUUGACCAGCAUCAAGCAAGAAACUACAAAAAGGUAUCUGUUUUUCGCUAAAAGAUAUCUGUUUUUCGCUAAAAGGUAUCUGUUUUUCGCUCCGAAAGGAAAGUAGCUUCAUCGAUUUUAACGUUUGCUUGUCAAUUUAUUUCCACAAAAGAAUGGAGUACGACAGCUUGCUCGCGUCAUACAUCGUGGAUGUUGAUGCGUAGCAUCAUCUCAAUUUGAAAUUCGUCUAGUUUCUCUUGUGUUUGUGAUCAACUUUUUUUUUUGCAUGUUAAUGAUGUAAUAAUUCGGGAUACUAGAAGUUGUAUACUGCAAAGAUACUAGAAAUAGAUGACACGAAACAAGCAGUACUAACGUACCUCCGAAAUAACCAAGAACCAAGAAGCCCGUCGUAGUAUACGACGAGCCCGUAUUUCUUAGGCCGGGAAAGGUUUUUUUCAUCGCACGUGGGUCGUGUCGAUGGCUCUUUCCGCUGCCUCUUUUUCUAUCCUGGCUACUCCCGGUAACAACACCUUUUCUCUUCCCGACGACAAGGCGACAGCAAACGGCUUAGACGACGUGAGUGCCGCUGGUUGUAGUACGUCGACGACUACAACUCCAUCCUCUUGGGAGAAGGAAGGAUUACUAGAAUCGAGUUGUAGUGGCUGUACUAGUACUGCUCUGCAUUCGCCGCGCCAGGAGUUUGCUGUAUUAUCAUCAACUACACCGACACUGUCGACAUCGUCGAGUUGUUGUGGUACUGCAUCAGUUCCGUCAGCCGUCGUAUUCUUAUUGCCGUUUUUUGGACUGGGAGUAGCAGGAGGAUCUGGCAUUAAAGCUACCGACGUUUUUCAGUGCUCAGCACGCACGACCGCUUCCUGCAAAAGUUUUUCGUCCAUUUUGCGAAAGCUGCUUGCAGCACUUUUUAUACUCGGAGCCAUGUUGUUCCUCGUCACGCAUCCGGACUCGCCAGGUACCCGUAUUUGUAUAGCUGAGAGCCGGUAGAAAUUAAUACACGCUAGAUCAUUUUCGUGAUCGCGUCAGCUAAGCCAAGAAGUACUGAUAUCGGAAUCAUCAUACAACUCAACAUAGACAUACAACUCAUGAGAGUAUCCAUUCUACUCAACAAAUCCAAUGUCAGGUCCUAUGCUUGGUUGCCUGCUGAGCAACGAGGAACGACCGGGAGCUUCGCACGCGCAACAGUGGCUGGAGACUAUGGGAGUAUCAUCCGGCGACGAGAUAUGGACGCGUCCGAAUGAUCAUUUGCAUCAGGUAUUUUCUAUCUACUUAAUUAUGUUGAUGUAGUAUGACUCACUUCGAGUAUAAUUGGACUUCACAUCGGUCGACGUGUAGAUCAGUGGAGGUCCUGCCAAUUGUUCACAUUUGAUUUGUUCAUGCAUCUUCGUGCUGAGGAAACACUUCAUUGGUCAAUGCAUGAUGUCGACUAAAGACCGCUCGAACAGCAAGAACAACCCUACAUCACAAAAAGCAGAUGGUAGCGGCAUGGUUGUUGCGGUUGCCCCGUUCUCACCCGAUAAGCAAAACGCGAAGUGGUAUGCUGGUUCAAGGCGUGACCUUGCAUCGUAAGGCAUCGAAUACCAAUCGCGUUUGUGCUGUGGGUUUCGGAAAAACAAUGACAGAUGUACAGCUCGCUGCGCGACUCGCCCUUACUAUCGAACUGGCAUGCGUCUGUGCCGACACCGUCGACCAUCCAAAUUUACGACAGCUAGUAGCUCAACACGACAUCCUUCAACAUCUAUUGCUCAUGCACAUUCUGAAUCUUCGAUACCAUAUGAACAUGAGGUCGACCUCGACCUUGUUGCUGCUUGUUAUAACUUUUUCGAUCAUGAUGAUUAUGAUGUGAAAAUAUCUACUCAAUUCAAUGGAUUUAGAUAUUUUCACAUCAUGUACCGAGAAGAAAAAAUCGCACUACGUUACAGAUUUGUAACGCGACAAUAGUAUACUGUCGCUGUCUUGCUUCUUCGCGUUUCUAAGAAAUCAUCCCGCGUUCUUACGUUUAUACGACACGGUUCGGCGCUUACACGAACGAGACCGGCUUGGAAAUUCAGACACGAUGUUUGAUUAUGCUGAGGUGACUCCUGUGGACGAGAGCAAAGAGAAGGGUCUUUCUACCUUUGCGUUGCUCGAACGAAGUCUUAGUGCCGCAGUCGCGGCAAACGCUGUAGUAUUAUGGUACUGAAUAUUGAUGUACUAGUCAUAUUCCUUGAUGUUGUAGUUUAACUCAUGAACAUGAUAUGUGUUUUUAUUAUUUUAUUCGAUCAAAAUUUCUGCAACAUCAAACGUCCUACUUACAUGGCAGUGUGCAGUUGUUGAAUGUUGUUCGUCUCCUCUUGGAGUUAAAGAAAUGAAUUGACGCCAUUGAAAUGGAAAAUCAGCUUCAUCUAAAACAUGCUUCUAGUAAGAAGAGUCCGAAUCUCGAUCAUGAUGUGUCGUGGCGAUCGCGACAGGGAGCUGCAAUAAGUCCUGGAAACGAAAUCGAACAUGAAAGUAAAAAUCGGAGACCCUCAAAAGCAAGUACGCGGCUUCCCAACGGGGUUGACGCACCGCCGGACACACCGACCUAUUUGAGAGAUAUGAAGCAGCGUUCGUCUGGUGUCAAGCCGGAAGGAAGUGAUAGCAAAAAAUCCUCAAGCUCCAUGUUGGCAGCUAGUUCCCGUGGCGGCAGCGGAGGCAUGAAAAUGAGUGAUCCAGGGUCCGGGAUGUCCACACUGAACGUUCUCUACAAUACCCAGCAGCAAAUCGUGCAGGGAGGCACUGCCUACGGCGGCGGUGGGUAUGGAACUCGUCAUGCCGCUCCAGGAGGGAAAGCGGGCGGAAAGGACUUCGGCAAAGGUACUAGAGGAGCAAAUAAGAGCGGGUAUGCUUCUAGUGGUGCCCCCGGUGUCGCUCCUUCUACCUCUUAUUCUCAAAGAAACACGCAGAAUAAUUCGCAGUUCAAUGACAUCUCCAUCAACAACUACUUCAUCUACAACUACAAUGCCGAUCGUGAGGACCAAGCUGCAGCUGGGUCAACAGCUAUGGGAAAAAAUGGACGUUUUGAAGACACAGCGUAUUUUGAUUUCUGGCAACCAAUUUUUGAAGUGGGCGUGUUUAUCUAUUAUCUAGAAGUGUAAUUGAAUGUAAGUACAUGUACCAAUCUCGUGCUGCUAGUGUACGUGCUUGCAUUGCGUGACAACCUCCGAUUCUUCUUUUUCAAUAAUCACCAUACCAGCGCUGCUGCUUAUUAUCGCUAUCGAGAUGAAGCAACAGCUGCUUCUGAAUAUUACAAUCCGAAUCUAUAUGCGGCAGAACGCGAGGACGCGGCACAGCAAGGCACGUAUUUUGGACAACACGCAGCCCCGGAUGCAACUGCGCAUAUGCUGGCCGCUGGUGUAGCGCCCACGACAGCAUCUGGCUAUGCAGCUUCGCCUGGCUUCGAGGGAUCGUCCUUUGGUCCUGCCAACGCGAACGCUCCCGAAUUUCACCCGCGCGGCUUAACUGCAACGACUGCACGAGGUCCACACGGACUUGAUCAACACGGCUACCUCGCAGGAGCGACCGACGCGUCCGGCGGAGCAGGUGCUCUUGCUUCCUACGGUGCAGACGGCUCCUGGGUGGACCCAACUACCCGGAACUUGCAGGAGCACUACGCGAACUUGGACAAUGCAGCUGCAGCGUUUGGCGCCGCACAGGACAGCACCACGGGCUCAGGGUACUUCGGCAUGUACGAGCAGAUGGCGAGGGGCCUACAUGGACCGCCCGGCCUCACCGGCGACCAUGACGACCCACAGAGUGAGGAUCCGCACAGUAUUUCGGGCCUUAGCGCUCGAUUUAACGAUCUUCCGCGUGUGCUGCAGGGAGAAGGCGAACAGUCAGAAACAGGUGUUGGGGAAAGCGUUUUGGACCGCUUCUUGAAGAAAGCGAUGGACGAGCAGGGAGCAGAUCAUCCGGAACGCACAUCAAAUUAAGAAACGAGUCAAGAACAAGACCAGAAACAAAUAUCAUCGUGGCGUUAGUGUACUCCUUGUGUAGUUAAAAUUUGAAAAAAUCCUCGUGAAAGAACUUGAAGAACUGACCAAGCGUUAGCAUGCUGUCGUUCGUCAUGAUGAUGUUUCACGUCUAACUCUACAGCAAUUCUCUCCUUGCUGCACUCGAGAAAUCGACAACCGGGGAGUCGGCGGCGAGAGACCGCGGAAACCGUCGGAAUCCAGCAAGAGGUCGCGCGCAAUCCACAAGUUCCUAUUCUUCGGAUGAGGACGAUGAUUACAAAGCGGACGCGCGACAUAACGUUGGCACCAGCAACAAACGCCCAGGAGCGCCCCAACGCAGUCCCCCCGGACUAGGCGCGUCGUCGAAGUCGAAAAGUGCCAAGACUUCGGCCGCAUCUAGUUUGCGUGGUGGCGCUGCGGUUACCGCAGCCUUGGGUCUCGAGGGAAAUGCCGCGAUCUCGACGCCAGGCCAGCAGAAGAAGACGACUUCAAAAUCUUCGAAUUCGAUGAGCGAAACUCCCGAAACUGAUCCUCACAUGCAGCAGAUCUUCGCGAUGUUCGGUGAUUCUGCUUCCGCUUCCGGCAACGGUGAUAGUCAGAGCGAAACGGUCUCUGAGGAUCCGAAGCCGAAUGUUCCGUCCUUUCUGAACUCGAUAGCCGGUUCUGUCUUCGGGUCCUUCGGCCGUUCAGGCGGAAAUGCUUCCACCAAGAACAAGAAGAAUGAGAGCGGCUGCGACUACAACUCAAAUGAUAUGGACGAGGGCAUGGGGGAUGAAGAGGUGCCGCCGGAACAGGAGGUUCCAACCGACAUGCAUACAGCAGCGGACACAACGACGCCGGAUGCGGACUCUCUUUCUACGUCCGCACUACCGAACGAUGCUACACCUACAGGGCGCGGCCGCUCUUUCUCGGGCGCAGGUGAAGGCCUUGGCCAUGCGGGCGGUCCCAAUUCGCUGAUUGACGCGCUGCUCGGAGGUGUGGGGGCGAAUGACGACGAGACCUCGACCAACCGCAGCCGCAAGGACAGUGACUCAAUGACCGCUGACGCGAGUCCAUUGCCGUGUGAUGAUCACGGUUUUUUAGCCAGUUUGAUGCAGGAGCAGGGUGUCGCCGGAGCCGCGGCAGCAAGAGCGAACUUCGAAAAGAACGACAGCUAUCCGGAACACGUUGGUCGCGAACAACGAAAAAGCUCUUCGUCCUCCGCUUCGAGCUUUACGGACGACGAUGGGCAGCAUAGCAGCCCGGCUCGCAGUCGGCCUGGUGCGCUGCGCUCAUUUGUUACGGCUAAUGAAUGACCUUAAAGGGGGCGAAUUUGUGAGGACGUAUUAUAAAAUGUAAUUACAAGUAAAAGAGGUUAGAAGGAAACCAGGAUUCAUUGUACCUAGUAGAUGAACACCGGGAAGGCAGAACGACUCCUGCCGAGGCGGGCCUCGUCCUCUAACCUCAAUGCAUUACGAGAGCUAGAGGACGAAGAAGAUCCACGAGACGCGAUUGCGCACCGGAACCGAGGACGUGGGGUACAACAAGACGACGACAUGGAUCGCGAUGGAGAGGACAGUAGACGUCGAGAAGGUGUGAACGAUCGCAACAAGCGCGAACACUGGAAUUCGCGCGACCAGAACGAACCACGCUGCGGACCGUCUACGUUUGAGCAAAUGCAGACAAAGCACAAAGGCGCGUCGAGCUACAACGAUCGCGACUCCCGUCGAGGAGAAUCGAGGUCCAUGAGGGGUCAAAGCAAGGGAGGAAAGGACAUGAACAAUUCCUCUUACGGAGGGGGCAAAAAUGGCAGUAGCCGAAAUUCGAAGAUCUACAGCGAAAGCGAGGCUGAUGAUCACAGCGAAGUGAACGUGACCGGAGAUGAAGUCGCCGCGGCGUGGCGAUGGGAUAGCAACGACGCAACUUCAUCAUCAUGGACCAGCGCUGCUGGUUAUGGAACAGGGUCGUACUACACAGCAGGACGAAAGGGCAACAGCAAGGACACUUCUGCGAAGAGUGGCAAAAAGGGCUCGGGAAAAUCCACUGGAGGAAAAAAUAACAACAACGGCAUCAGCAAAGAUUCAACCGGUUAUAACGCGGCGUCUGCUGCUCGUGCUGGAGGUGCUGCUGCGUACUACGGUAGUCAGUACAGCGACAUGAACAAUUCAGCUUCUGGUAACUACUAUGCUGGGAGUACUACUCGCUGGGAACCGAUCGGCUCCUCUAAAGGUGGAGGUAAAACAGCGGAUAUGAUGAGCAGUGCAUCUGCCACGACUUCAGCUACCUCUGCUUAUGGCCAACAAGUACCAACUAAAACAACGACUACCGUCAAGGAUGAUGGCCUGCAUGACGGCUGGGGAGACCGCAAAGUCGGCGUUUCUGCUUAUGCGACAGAUCAGCAGUACGUGGCUCGCAGCAAGACGAAGGAUCGAGAAUACGCCAGCACAAAACGAACGCCCGCCAUUCCGAUCGAGAGUCCGCCACCGCCGCCAAGCGAUGUCGAUCUGGCUUCGCCUCCGCUUGCCGAAGCACUUCCAUUCCGCACCUACGCAGACGCGAUCAAGAAACCGGACCAACCAGCGGGUGCAGCCACCACGACCGAAGUUGCUCCCACAGUUUAUGCGACUCCUGCUGUCCUUGCCAAUACCAAAAAAGCGCACAAAUUGAAGACCACUUCGAAGAAUGCACCCGCCAGCGACCAGGACGGCUCCGCGCAGCAACACGGUUCUGCCGCGGCGAAGAAGAUGGGCGGGCAUCCGCCGCCGUCCUCGGGUGGGUCCUCUCCAACCAUGACGUCAACUUCGGGCGUUGUCGCUGGCGAUCAAAACAUGCAGGACGCGAUGCUCUUGACGAAAAAUCGCGAGGUUAUCAUUAUGAUACAUGUCAAACAAGUGCCUGCUGCAUUUGCAUUAACACAUAAAAACAAAAAAUUUUAUGUUCCACCUCGUCGUCCCAUCACUGUGCCCUCCAUGCUCAUCAUCUCCAAUAACACUUAUCAGCUCAUGGCGUUGAUUAGGCAUAUUCAGGGAGUCAGGUGUUUCAACUUUUGAUAAUCUGAUAGUCUUGAGAUGUCGUCUAAGAUGAUGCUCGAGAACGGGAAAAUACUGGACACAAUGAGCUUAAUCCGGGGUCUCAGCGAUGGAAUCACCACCGCCGCAGAACAAGCAAAAUUCGAGGAGCGUGAACUACAACAGAAAAAUGGGAAUGAUGGUCCUGGCAAGAUUAUGGGUAGUUUUGUGGUCUUCAUUCUUUUCUGGCGCACUAGUUAAUAAGGUGCUUGACCACAGUAACCUUGUCCUGAGUGGAGGCCAUUUCUCUUUAGCUCAGGAGGUCGAAGGUAUCCUCGGGGAUCCACGACGACUAGUCGAGUGAGGAACAGAAUACUUGUCAAAAUAACUAAGAACUUACAAUAAAGAUACUACUUCCGAUUCUAAAAAGAAGAAGAAUAAGAAUGGCCUUGCUGCAUCCCAUCAGGACGAGGGAGGGUUUUACAGUGGUAUUUUCGGAGAAGCGGCGUCGACACGCGCGCUUCUUGGGGAUGAAUACCCCUGCGCCACGACUGGCGGCGCACCAGCAGCCCAAAAAGCUGGCGCAAACAAUAAGAAGGGCACCAAAGAUCUUCACCCUGUUAGCAUGGGUUCAACAGCUGACCUACUCCGAUUUCAAUCCGAGUCACGACUGAUGAAGCAUGGUGUCGACAUGCAACUUCCAACCGUGGAUGCAAUAGCCGAGACGGUUCCUGCUCCGCCGACUCGUGGAUACAUGCUCGAGCGCAUUCUAGAGGACGUAGAUUAAGGCCGGCACAUACUUUACACUGAAAAUAAUACAGUUUUCCAUGUUGUAUGCUGAAUAAAAAUAAAUCAAACAAUGAACAAGAUAGUUGGAAAUGCCAUGUCUAACUCUGAUUUCUUCCUCUUCAUCAACAUAUUCGUAUUCCUUUUCUGAACCAAACAGAUUACAAUUACAUGUUUUCGAAAUCAACAACAACAUCUUCCGUCUAGUUCCGAUAGAAUCAGCGUUUGUGUGAUUCUUGAAAUAAAAUGAAUAUACACGUUGUCUGCUCAUGAAAGAACUGAAACCGCUAAACAAAGGUAGCCGCGCCAUUGGAUUUUUCGCGCUUUGUAGGCCAUGCGCGUGCUUUGGAGAGCGAUUUAGACGGUGACUACAGUGCUUAUUGCCGCUACAACUUGUUCCGCCCCACACCCGUUUCUAGUGGCGAAGAAGAGCAGGAAGGAACCGAAGACGCUUCUGCGUACCUCAUCGAACAGCCAGGCUGGGAACAGCGUGCUCGCGGUCUAAAUAAGCCUCCCUCGCGCGAACCGUCCAACGACAGCCGUCCGUCGAAGAGCGGUGGAACUAAGAAUAAGUCUGCCUCGUCCGCAACCAAACAGAACAAGUUCGAUAGAAAAUUCCCUAAUCCUGCUCUCAGUUAUAACUCCACAGAACAGGCACAGGCUUCGCGUACCACAGUGGCAUCGAGCAGAGCUUCAGGUCCGAUGGCGGCACUUUUGCAGCUGCUGUCGUCGAACGAUCUCGGGAGUCGCGAGGAGAGGGAUCAUGCAAGUGUCUUUUGGUUACUCAUGCAAGUUCUCUUACGGCGUCCUUUAAGCCCCUUAACGUCAACUACUUCUGGUCAUCAUUUUCAUCGUAGUAGACGGAAGUAGUAGAGUACUCGAAAGCUGAAAAUAACCGAGUAAGUGACUGAAAUAAGGGAGGUAGGUAGCUUUGACAGGGCUACUCUUCCUUGUUCAGGCUUAACUGUGCUUAUUUCAAGUAGUUACUCGGUUAUUUCAGUUUUUCGAAUAGUUGUCUUCUAUACCCCUGGAGUGGGUACAUUCGCUCACUCAUUCAUUCAUUCACUCACUCACUCACUCACUCACUUCCUACUUUUCGAGCUCGACAGUGUUGACAUCACUACUUUAUCAGGACCUCCUUCAAUGAAUGGAACAAGAAGAAGAAGAAAAUGCCCAAUAAUUCACUGAAUCCCUCAACAAAUCUUCGAGUGGAUCAGAUAAUCGAUUUUCGUAAGCAUGCAUUUGCAUUAGCAUGCGUCUUGUUAUACACUUCUAACUCCUGUGGCAUCUAUGAGGUAUGCUGACCCCACGGUCGUUGUCCUGACUAUUUGCAUUUUGGCGUGUGCGUACUUCCAACCACUUGCGCCGGUGCCUGUUCAGCGGUAG